AUCGACUGCGCAGUUUGUGCGACCGCUCUCUUCUCAAUUUUUUCUAGCUACUCGAUUGCCGCACUAAAUAGACUUUGAUAGCGCUGCACAGUCGAUCCAGGUUAGUGCCUCGUGCAGUGAAGUGUUUGCUUUAUUCAGCGAAUUAGAGGAAUAUCGUCGAAUCAGCCGCAGGGUUAGGUUCUGAUUCGGAGGAGUGUUUGGACAACAAAUUCUGUAGCUGAUGGUAUGGUCCUCCGCAGCUUAUGCUCUUUUCGGUUAGUUCUACAGCCUAGAAUGGAUUGAAUGGUUGUAGCUUACUUUUCGUAUAUUUCGGCUGGCAGCUUUAUUCAGAUAUUUGUUGGUGAAUUCGCCCUUUGGAGCUCGUGCCCCCAUCCUUCGUGGAGGUUUUUUUGGCAGAGAAGUAUUCAUUCGCGGGUUCGUGUGCUUGAAUCCCAGAGCAUGUAGUGUUGAGUGUGUGAGUAGAGAAUUAGGGUUUGGUGGAUUGGUUGGGAGACGGGGGAGGAGCUAGGGACUAUGGAAGGGGACCAGUUCAAGGGUAGCGCGGACGGAAUCAAUGCGGGUGAGGCAGGGAGAGGCAUUUGCAAUGAAGUCGUGGCUGAUUUUCUCAAUACAAAUGUGGAGGAGGAUUCUUCAGAGGCCUACCUCGAUAACAAAAUGCAAUUGCGGGACUUGUUGGACAUUUCACAAGUGCUGAGUGAAGCGGGGAGUGCGAUCAUCGAUGAUUCGUUCACUAGAUGUUUUAAAUCCAAUGCUCCGGAGCCGUGGAAUUGGAACAUCUACUUGUUUCCGCUAUGGGUGAUGGGUGUGGCUGUGCGGUAUCUCAUACUAUUUCCUAUCAGAGUGAUUCUUCUCGCCCUUGGAUGGAUUAUAUUCCUAAGUUUAUUCUUUCCUUUACACUUCGCGUUGAAAAAUCACGACCAACUUAGGCGUCAAAUUGAGAGAGGCUUGGUGGAGUUUAUGUGCAGUGUAUUUGUGGCCUCGUGGACGGGCGUUGUCAAAUAUCAUGGGCCACGGCCAAGUAGACGUACCAAGCAGGUUUUUGUGGCAAAUCACACAUCGAUGAUUGAUUUUGUUAUAUUGGAGCAGAUGACCGGUUUUUCUGCGAUUAUGCAGAAGCACCCUGGAUGGGUUGGUUUUUUGCAAACUACCGUGCUUGAAAGUCUCGGCUGCAUAUGGUUCAAUAGGACAGAGGCCAAUGACCGGCAUGCUGUUGCACAGAAAUUGAAAAAUCAUGUUAACGACCCAGAUGCAAAUCCCCUUCUGAUUUUUCCGGAAGGCACAUGUGUCAACAAUGAGUACACUGUUAUGUUUAAGAAGGGUGCAUUUGAGCUUGACUGCGUGGUGUGCCCAAUCGCUAUCAAGUACAAUAAGAUCUUUGUGGAUGCCUUCUGGAACAGCAAGAAGCAGUCGUUCACAAUGCAUCUGGUUCGGUUAAUGACCUCUUGGGCAGUGGUGUGUGACGUCUGGUACCUGGAACCCCAGACUAUAAAAAAGGGCGAAACCCCUAUUGAAUUCUCUGAAAGAGUGCGGGACUUGAUUUGUACGAGAGCGGGAAUUAAAAAAGUUCCGUGGGAUGGUUAUCUCAAGUAUCAUAGGCCAAGCCCUAAGUUAACUGAGAAGAAGUACUACCGUCUUUUCAACCAUACCUCUUUUCCAUGCAAUGCUUGAACAGCAGAAUUUUUCCGAAGCUGUAAUUCGACGGUUGAAUGCAACAGCUCAAAAUCAGUAAAAUAUAGUGAAAAUCUUUUUCAUCAAAUUCCCACUUUAGUGAGUAUUAUCUUUAGAAUUAUGUUAUUGACUUGUUAAAAGUCAAGCUACGUACACAAUGGGAUUUGGAAAAUAAGUACUCCUAUGUUUCUGUAUUAGUGUUGUAGAGGAUCCAGGCGUACCUGGUGUCAACUUUGAUGUCAGGUUCAUCAAUUAUGCUUUGCAGCCUGAGACAAAAGCGUCUAAUGAGUGUACUUUGUAAUUGCGUUUGUGAAACGAGAUCCGGUUGGCGAUGUUUAUUUUC